AUGCCCUUGGUAAAAUACGAUGAAUUCCCCCUCAAUGCUACAGUUACUGCCGUCUCGGAAAUCGAGGAGAGUCUCCAGGAAGCAGAGCGCCUUUUCGCCUUGCUUUUGAUGAUCUUCUACAUCAUCUUUGUGUUUCUCGUGCUGGGAGCCGUCGGACUUGGCAUCUACGUCUGUAUCGAGAGACUUAUCGAUAAUCGUCGCCUUCAAAGAGAUGCAAAGAUAUACGGAGACCCUAUGGGCAGAAGGGCACCAAGGAGAGUAAUGGUGGGCAAAUGGUUCUACAAACAAAGCGACUCUGCAUCCACUGAGGAGCUCAAUUCUGAGGAAGCCUAUGAACUAAUGGUCGCUGAAGGCCUCAUAGUGCCGGAAGAGGCACAUACCAGGCGACCGAGAGGUGGAACUAAGGUUGAUCCACCUAGUAGCCGAUCCGGUUACUUCCCACUGCAACAGGGCUUUGUAGCAGCUUAUGUUACAGACGAAGAUCCUGACAAGCUUGAUAAAUUACAUAGCUCUUCAAUGACGUCGAAUAAUACGUGA